GGUUAAUUCACACACUAGAUUCCGAUAAAGUUUUCGAUAAAUUUAUUUGGCUGUUCAAUCUCUCUCUCUCUCUCUCCUUCCCCGUUUCGAUCAUCAUUGAAGAUAUAUUAUUUUAAAUUAUCUAACAUGACCCCGAAAUUGAAAUUAGGAGGACUAUAUUUUCGGAUUUGCUCCUGAGAUUUCUCAGAAAACAAAAGAAGUGUGUGACGAUUCGGUUUCGGUUUGAUUCCUCCUAAGGUGCAGGUGCCUUAAGUUUACUUUCUAAAAAAAAAAAUAAAAAAAAUGUCCAAUCACCAAAGAGGAGAUGAUGAUGCUGGGGAGUACAUGGAAGAAGAUGUAGAUGAUCAUGAGAUGCAAGAUGUGGAAAAUGAUGAUAUGGAUGACGAGUUCCGUCGGGGUGAUGGUGCAUCAGAUUCUGACGUCGAAGAGUUUGACUACUCCAAUAAUAAAAUAGCUGACACAUCGGCAGAACAAGCUCGGAAAGGGAAAGAUAUUCAGGGGAUUCCUUGGGACAGGCUUAGCAUCUCUAGAGAUAAAUACAGACAAACUAGGUUACUACAGUACAAGAACUAUGAAAACGUCCCUAACUCCGGAGAAUCAUCUGAAAAGGUUUGCAAUGUCACACAGAAAGGGGGGCAGUUCUAUGGCUUCUGGCGUAAUUCAAGAUCUGUCAAAUCUACUAUCCUUCACUUCCAGUUGAGGAACUUGGUGUGGGCAACAUCCAAGCACGACGUCUAUCUUAUGUCAAACUUCCUGCUGACGCAUUACUCUUCUCUAACGUCUGGUAAGAAGGAAGUUCUCAAUGUUCGCGGUCAUGUUGCACCAUCCGAGAAACAUCCUGGAAGUUUGCUGGAAGGGUUUACGCAGACUCAAGUGAGUACACUUGCUGUAAAAGACGGCUUUCUUGUCGCUGGUGGCUUUCAAGGAGAACUUAUAUGCAAGCAUCUUGAUAGACCUGGCGUCAGCUUUUGCUCUCGUACCACUUAUGAUGAUAAUGCUAUUACCAAUGCUAUUGAGAUCUACAACAAACCCAGUGGUGCCCUUCAUUUUACUGCCUCGAAUAAUGACUGUGGAGUUAGAGAUUUUGACAUGGAGAGAUACCAGCUUGUUAAGCAUUUUUCCUUUCCUUGGCCAGUGAACCACGCAUCAUUGAGUCCUAAUGGUAAAUUACUAGCUAUUGUUGGCGACAAUCCCGAGGGCCUUAUAGUAGACCCCAACACAGGAAAGACGCUGGAAACACUAUCAGGACAUUUUGACUACUCCUUUGCCUCAGCGUGGCAUCCUGACGGAAUCACUUUCUCAACUGGAAACCAAGACAAGACCUGCCGUGUAUGGGACAUCCGCAACCUAUCUCACUCCGUUACUGUCUUGAAGGGUAACCUUGGAGCAAUCCGGUCGAUCCGCUACACGUCCGAUGGAAAAUACAUGGCCAUGGCCGAACCGGCAGACUUUGUGCACGUCUAUGACGUCUCAAAGGGGUAUGAAACAGAGCAGGAGAUCGACUUCUUUGGAGAGAUAUCUGGAAUAUCAUUCAGCCCUGACACAGAGGCGCUCUUCAUUGGGGUAUGGGACCGCACUUAUGGUAGCCUCCUUGAGUAUCAUCGGCGCAGAAACUACACCUAUCUUGAUUCGUUUCUUUAAGCGAAGAAGAGAAGUAUACACAACCCGUUCCAAGGAAUAAAAGAGAGCUCAUACAAAAGCAGAAGCAUAGAAUAUAAUGGAUGUCUUAAAAGGUGUAAAUGAUGUGUUAUGCAAAUGCUAUUGUAGUUACUGUCUUUUUGUUUCCUUUGCCGGCGGCUUGCAUGUUGUUUCCUUGUGAAUUCUGAAGGUUCAAGAUGUGUACAGUAAGUAGUGUUGGUUAGUUGUUUCAAUUAUGAAAACAUGAAGUUUCUCACAAAAAAUUGUGUUGCCUUGAACGCAUUCUUGCCAAAUAUGACAUGUUGGCUUAAAAACA